GUUACACCAAUGUGAAGUACAACCUGAUCAAGUUGCAGCAAGAUCCAGGUCAUGCCCUGAAGAUUUUGAUCUACAAGCACGAAGUCCAUGAAGAGUAUGUGAUGGUGAAGUUUUGUCGCAUGGUUCAUUUGCAAGCAAACUUCACUGAGUGUGGUUUGAACC